CCACCGCCUCCGAGCGUGCAGCCGCAGCCCUGCGUCCCUUGUGCGGCUGCGGGGAGCGGGCGGGGAGGGGCUGCGCAGCCCCGCAGCCUGCGCGGGAAGCCUGUCAGCGCCGGGUCAAGCGCGGAGGCUUCCCUUUGGCUCUCUGCACCGUCUGCAGGAAGGCGCAGCGGGGUGGGGACGAGAGGAAGGAGCGGAGCCUCCCCCGGGGUGGGCAGCGCAGCUCCGCCGCCGGCCCAUGCCUCGGCGUGUGCAGUGAGCGCGGCGCGGCGGGCAGAGAGCCGCGGGGCGGCGGCGGGCGGGCCGGGCCAUGUCGGAGACGGAGAGCGGUGCUGCAGAUGCAGUUUCCACAUCUGCUUACUCAUCACCAGCCAAAAGUUUGGGAGACCCUGGAAUAACUCCAUUGUCUCCAUCACAUAUUGUGAAGGACUCUGAUGCAGAUGAUGCUGUAGAACAGUUAUUUCUUGUUGUUGUGGCUAUUGAUUUUGGCACAACAUCCAGUGGCUACGCCUACAGCUUCACCAAGGAACCAGAAUGUAUUCAUGUAAUGAGACGAUGGGAAGGUGGAGAUCCAGGAGUAUCCAAUCAGAAGACACCAACCACUAUCCUCCUAACACCAGAGAGAAAGUUUCAUAGCUUUGGGUAUGCAGCAAGAGAUUUCUACCAUGACUUGGAUCCCACUGAAUCAAAGCACUGGUUGUAUUUUGAAAAGUUUAAGAUGAAGCUACAUACCACCGGUAAUCUUACCAUGGAGACAGACCUGACAGCUGCAAAUGGCAAAAAAGUCAAAGCCCUUGAGAUAUUUGCUUACGCUCUGCAGUUCUUUAAGGAACAGGCAUUAAAGGAGCUCAGUGACCAAGGAGGCUCAGACUUUGAAAACACUGAAGUAAGAUGGGUCAUUACAGUGCCUGCUAUUUGGAAGCAGCCUGCAAAGCAGUUUAUGAGACAAGCUGCCUACAAGGCAGGAAUGGCAUCUCCUGAAAAUCCCGAGCAGUUGAUCAUUGCCCUGGAACCCGAGGCUGCCUCUAUCUACUGCCGAAAGCUCCGCCUGCACCAGAUGAUAGACCUGAGUAGUAGGGCACCUGUCAAUGGUUAUAGCCCAAGUGACACUAUUGGAACUGGAUUUACACAGGCUAAGGAACAUGUCCGUCGUAAUCGACAGAGUCGUACCUUUUUGGUGGAAAAUGUCAUAGGAGAGAUCUGGUCCGAACUGGAGGAAGGUGACCGUUACAUCGUUGUUGACAGUGGAGGAGGCACAGUGGAUAUGACUGUCCAUCAGAUCAGGCUCCCUGAAGGACAUCUUAAGGAGCUGUACAAGGCAACAGGUGGGCCAUAUGGUUCUCUAGGUGUGGACUAUGAAUUUGAAAAGCUUCUAUGUAAAAUAUUUGGAGAAGACUUUAUUGAGCAAUUUAAAAUCAAGCGUCCUGCUGCCUGGGUUGAUCUGAUGAUAGCAUUUGAGUCCCGUAAACGGGCAGCAGCUCCAGACAGGACCAAUCCACUAAACAUCACUCUGCCUUUCUCCUUCAUUGACUAUUACAAGAAGUUUCGAGGUCACAGUGUAGAACAUGCCUUGAGGAAAAGCAAUGUGGACUUUGUGAAAUGGUCAUCCCAGGGAAUGUUGAGGAUGAGCCCAGAUGCAAUGAAUGCUCUUUUCAAACCUACAAUUGACCAGAUCAUUCAGCACCUUAGUGAUGUGUUUGAUAAGCCAGAAGUGACCAAUGUCAAGUUUCUGUUCCUGGUCGGUGGCUUCGCUGAAUCCCCCUUGCUCCAACAAGCUGUCCAGAGCGCUUUUGGUUCGAGAUGUCGGGUCAUCAUUCCUCAGGAUGUGGGGCUCACUAUCCUCAAAGGAGCUGUUCUCUUUGGUCUAGACCCUGCUGUCAUCAAAGUGCGGCGUUCACCUCUCACCUACGGUGUGGGUGUGCUGAAUCGGUUUGUGGAAGGGAAGCAUCCACCAGAGAAGCUUCUAAUCAAAGAUGGCACACGCUGGUGCACUGAUGUCUUUGACAAAUUUAUCUCAGCUGACCAAUCUGUAGCCCUCGGAGAAACUGUGACACGCAGUUACACACCUGCCAAACCUUCUCAGUUAGUAAUAGUGAUCAAUAUCUAUAGCUCAGAACAAGAUAAUGUUAGCUUCAUCACUGAAUCUGGAGUGAAAAAGUGUGGCACCCUUCGCUUGGAUCUCACGGGAACUGAUGCUUCAGUGCCAAGCCGGCGGGAGAUCAAAACACUUAUGCAGUUUGGGGACACUGAAAUCAAAGCCAUGGCCAUUGAUGUUGCCACCUCUAAAAGUGUCAAAGUUGGUAUUGAUUUCUUAAACUACUAACAGCCUGUUUUCCCCACCACAGCCUGUUUGUGAGACUGAUCUUCCACUAUUCCAUUUUUUGACUUUCAUAUAUCACGUAAUCAACUUGAAUUUCAGCAGGCUAUAUGAGAACAGCUAGUAAGGUGGGGUAUGUCAUAAUGUGUGCCCUUUGAUGACCAAAGGCUGGAUUGUGAAAGACCCUUAAAAAGUUUUGGGAGCAAAAGUUCCAGAGGUAGUAAGAGUUCCCGAGUUACUCAAGCAUGCUUAAAGAUCUACCUUUAUUAAGUAAAUACUGAUUAUUGGUGCAUCCUGAAGAUUAGUUAAAAAGAUAUAAAAUCGUAAUCUCUUUGCCUUAUUCUUCUUCCUCUUCCUUUUUCUCCCAAGAAAAACUCACUAACCAACAUGGUUGUUGUAGGGGGUGUAUCUGUGGGUUAUCUGUUUAAACAGCACCGUCCUGUGGCAAUGGGAACAAUUUAGUAGUCUAUAGUAUUCUUUUGUUUGUUUGAUUUUUGCCCUGUGCUUUCAAAAUUUUAAGUGCUGAAAAUCAAUGACUUAAAGAAAUGGGAACUGGUUUUCUUAAAUUCUGAGAUCCUACUGAAAAGAAAAUCCUCAGAAAUCUUUAAAAUUAAAUUUAGGAAAUACAUACAUAUAAGGAGCCUAAUAUUGAUUGCUGCAGUUUGAAAACAAGGCCUUUAUUGUCAAAGCCCUCAGAACAAGCUGUUGGAUUACAUAGCUAGCAUUACCCUCAUUAUACUUUGGAAAAUUAUUAAGAACAAAGCUAUUUCCCUUUUGGGUCUUCUAAACUCAUUUUUAUUAAUCUCCAUCUAAAAUCAUAGAAUCAUAGAGUAGUUGAGGUUGGAGGGGACAUCCAUUGAGUAUCUGGUCCAAUCUCUCAGCCUUAAGCAGUGUCAACUAGAGCAGGAUGCUUUGUCCAGUUUUGAAUAUCCCCAAAUGCCUAAACUCUGGGCAACCUGUUCCAGUAUUUGACAACCCUCACUGAAAAAAGUUUUUCUUAUGUUUAAAAGGAAUUUCUUGAGUUUCAGUUUGUGCUCAUUGCCUCUUGUUCCUUCACUGGAUACCUCUGAGACUCCAUUACUGUCUUCUAUCAGUCAUUUAUACACAUUCCUAGCAUCUCCUGAGCCUUCUCAUGUCUAAACAGUCUCAGCUUUCUAAGCCUCUCCUCACAUGACAGAUACCCCAAUCCCUUAAUCAUCUUCAUGACCCUUUGCUGGUCCCAGUCCAGUAUGUCCAUGUCUCUCUUGUAGAAGCACAGAACUGGACCUAGCACUCCAGAUGUGGUCUCACCAGGGCUGAAUAAAGGGGAAUAAUCACUUUUCCUCGACCUGCUGGCAAUGUUCUUCCUAAUGCAGCGCAGGAGGCUAUUGGCAUUCUUUGUUGCAAGGGCACAUUGCUGGCUCACACUCAACUUUGUGUCUACCAAGACCCUGAGGUCUUUUUCUGCCAAGCUGCUUCCCAGCCAGUUGGCCCACAGCAUAUACUGGUGCAUGGGGUUAUUUCUCCACAGGUUCAGGACUUUGCACUUUGCUUUGUUGAACUUUAUGAGGUUCCUGUCUGCACAUUUCUCCAGCCUGUUGAGGUCUCUCUGACCCAUCUGGUUUAUCAAGCACUUCUCCAAGUGUUUAUAUUUCUUUUCUUGUUAAUCCCUGUGUUAAGAUUUGGAAGUACAGUUAGAUGAUGGCUGUCCAGGAAGAUUUAAACAACUUAAAAGAGAGAAACACCCAGAUCAAAAGUGACGUAAUAUAUUUUGAGUAGCAAGCAUUUUAAUUGAGUAAAAUAUAUUUCUGGGUUGAGUUGAAUGGCCAGUUAAGUGGAAGGCAGAAGCCAAGAGAAUGAAACUACAAAUAGCAUUAAAUAAAACAUUCCUUACAUGGCUAUAAGCACACAACUCUUAACGCAGGUGAAAUACAAUGAUGGUCAUGGUAGAAACUUGUUUUCCAAAUAAUAACUUUCUGGAAAUGUUUUCUUAAGCACAUUCACUUGGAAAUUUCUUCUGCAACUGGAACAGUUUCUAUUUUGCAAAAUGCUACAGGUGGAUAACUUCUGAAACCUACAGUCUGUAUCUGCCAUGAACUGACAACUUCAGAUUCAAAUCUAAAUCCCACUCCAAAUUGGCAGACUGGUACUAACCUGUAGAAUUACCCUAAAAUGCUGACACUUUCAGACCUUUUAUACAGAGCUGCCUGAUUACCUGCUGGAAUUCAUUACAUUUUUGAAACUUUGAAAUGUUAAUUGUUAAACUAAACCUUCCUUUCUAAUAAGUUGAGCAUGAGUUAAAGCCAUUACUGACACUGUUGGGAAAAGAAAGCUUUAUCAAUUAUUUCACUAAUUUACGUUCCAAUCCUGCACUGAAGCUUUCUGUGUUUAGCCUGGAGUGUUGCCACAGUAAAGAGCUGCAGAACUGAUCUACUGCAUUUUGCCAUUGAGUUUUCCGUGUCUCCUGCAGAAUUCCCUAGUUGAAUGUGAAAUCUGUUCUGCAUUCAGCUUUAAAAAAAAAAAAAAAAAGAAAAGAAAAAAAAAAAGGACUAUGGAGAAUGCUAGUCACAGUAUCCGGCUGGAUACUUUCUAUAAUUACAAAGUGUGCUUGCUAGCAUUCAGUUUCCUGCUGCCUGCUAAAUGCUUUAAAAGCUAAAUACUGGGAUUUUUUUGUGUGUUGCUUUCCAUGGUUUACAAACAAGAGAAACUUUAAGAUGAGUUAUGAACAAUAUAAUUUUAUGUAUAUACAAUAUUUAAAUAUUGUACAGACUCUUUCUUUCUACAGUGCUAUUUUCUUGUAUAAAAAUGCUCUUUGCCUCUGUUGAUUUCAUUCAGGUGUUAAUUUUAAAUAACAUAGUUUCUCAAUCAGCUUCUGUAAUUAUAGGCUUUUGAAGAUGGUAAGAUAUGAAAUGUAAAAGGCUGAUCUUAUAAUAAUAGGAAAGAAAUGUUGGUGUGUCAGAGAAUACAACAUUCUUCCUGCAAUGCAAGUCAUACCAGUUAAGCAUAUUACACAGAUGCACUAGUACGUUGCUGGGAUUUUCAUUUCUUUGUUUCAGAUGGUGACCAUUCCGUCUCCAGCAGUUCAUCAUAAUAAUGGAUGAAUUCUCCUGUAAAACCAAGUUAAAAAUUAGAUUGUAUGAUCUGGAUAUACAGGUUCCUCACUAGCUUUUGAGGUUUUGUUAAGGAUCUUUUCUAGUUUAAAAAAAAACAAACACGAAACUACCUUCCAAAGCCAGGCAACACUGUUUUAUUGUAGCUGCAGGCAAGAGCCAGUCUCUGACUACCACUACCACAAGACAAAAUCCUUAAAGAAUAGGCUUCAGUGUCUUUGCAUCCUAUGUUAAACUGAAUUGGUCCAGUUCUGCACAGAUUUGUUUCUGGUGGCCUUAAGUUAACACAGAAUUUGGUCUAAUAAAUGGUUGCAACCUCCCCCUCUCCCCUCUGAAGAGAAGGUGAACUUCAAGAUCAGGUGGCCCAUGAUUUUUGUGGUGUUUUCAGCCUGUCUGCAGGGAAUGCUAAGGGUAGUUUCUGCAGCUCUUCUGAAGCAUAGUUCCCUGCACAGUAGUGAUUCUCUGCCCUUUCUUAUUCACCUUUUGUAAGAUCCCAUCUGGAUCCAAGCAGGGGUUUCUUGCUGAAAUUACUCUACUGUAACUGUAAAAUGUGGUUGGCAUAUUUUUGCACUUCCUCAUUCAGUCUGAUGAGAGCACUAUCAAGCUUAUCUUUGCAGAGCACUGAGUACUGAACAAACUCCCAGCUGUCCUUGUUGCCCUCUUUAAAUCUAAGAAUGGAAAAUUAGCUUGUCUCUCUAAGGAAUUAGAAUUGUAGGUAGAAUAUUAUGCUGUGGUCUGUAGUCUAUAACCCAGUUAAACAACUUUACAUUGUAAGUGGCAUGUGGAUGCCCAUUUUGAUAAAGGAUGUUAGGCUGUAAAACUAAUAUGAAAUUUAUUAGGAAAUAAGUAAUUUUUAGAAUAGUAGUUCUGAUACUUUUGCAGGAGGUUCCCUGCAGAGCACUUUUUUGGUAGGGGUUUCAGAUGACAUUGUGCAACUUGAUGUUGAAAAGGCAAGGCCUGCUAUCCUUAGGGAAAGCAGAAAGUCUUGGCAGAAGUUUCGCUCUAGGCAGCAGCUUGCAAGUUUGGGUCCAAGUUACUUAACUUUAGGCUGAAAAUUAGCAGCUAAUUGUGAUGGAAUGAUUAAUUGUGCUAGAUUAUGAUAAAUGUGCAGUGAUGGUUAGGACAGCUUACAUUGGUAUGAAUAUACCAAUAUUUAUAUACAGGAGUUUUAAUGCAUUAUUAUGAGAAGGCUAAUUAUAUAUUGCAGAGAUUUAAUCGCCAAGAUAAGCUGCAUAUUUAUGAUAUGAAGUGGCUUAAGCGGAUGAAUAGUAUAAAAGUUGUUGGGCAUAACGUCACAGUACUCACCUGCUUGAAAUAGUCUUAAACUAUAUUAUAAAACCAACCAUUGUGGUCUUGUUCACCUCUGUGCAAGAUAAAUUCAGAUUUCACUGAUGUUUGGAGCUGUUCACAACUUGUCUGGAUUGUAUCUUGAGUGUUCUUGUGUCUUCAAUCAUGUCAAAUAAAAUACUGUAAAACUAA